AUGGUGCAAUCACCCUACCAAAAUAUCGCGUACGACGCGCCCCUGUCCUUCACGGAGCCGACCUGGCUCUGGCGUCGGUACAAGUGCUUCUGGGAGGGCACCGUCAGCAAGACGCUCACCGAGCAGGACGUCCCGCACAAGAACCUGAGCGGCAAAUGGAUCGUCAUCUCCGGCGCCAACAGCGGCAUCGGCGAGCAGGCCGCGCUGCACUUUGCGCAGUGCGGCGCCAACCUCGUGCUGGCGUGCCGCGUAACGCCGGCCGAGAAACAUCCCGGCGCCGUCGCGGACCACUGCAAGGCGCUCGCGCGCGCCGCCGGCCACGAGAAGAGCACCAUUGAGUGGUGGGAGAUUGAUAUGGGCAAGCUUCAGAGCAUCGAUGCCUUUGCCAAGCGCUGGCUGGACUCGGGCCGCCCGCUCGACAUUCUGUGCAACAAUGCCGGCAUGGGCACCAACCCCGGCGGCCUCACCAAGCACAUUCGCAGCGAGGACGGCUUCGAGCUGGUGCACCAGGUCAACUUUCUUUCCCACGUCCUGCUCACGCUGCGUCUACUGCCGUCGCUCGCACGCGCCGAGGCGCCCCGCGUGGUGUGCACCACGUCGUGCAUGACGUACAUUGGCGUGUACGACCUCGACAACUUCAACGGCGCGGGGUGCAAGGGCGUGCAAAUGUACAACAACAAUAAGCUGUACUUUCAGUGCUGGCUGACCGAGAUGCACACGCGCCUGCUGCGGACAGAAAAGUACCGCCACAUCACCAUCAACGGCGUGCACCCGGGCUACGUCAACAGCGGCAUCUGGUCCUUCAAGGCUGGCGACGGCUUCCUCGGCUGGGUCAGCGUCGUCCUCAGCUUCGUCCUGCAGUUCUUUGCGAGCCUCUUCGCCAUCAACACCAAGCAGGGGUCCUACUGCAUCACGCACGCGGCGACCAGCACAGACGCAGGCCCUGACCCGCAGAUCCAAGGCGUGGGCGAGGCCGGUGGCAAAGGUGGCGGUCGUUACUUUAACCGUAUCUGGGAAGCCAAGAACAUGCCUCAUGCGCAAGACCCUGAUGCGAGAUUGCGUGUGUGGAGGAAAGUGGAUGAUGAGCUGGAGCUGACAAAGAAGGGCCUUCUCAGCUGGACGGACUAA